AUGACUACUUCGCGUACCUCCCCGUCUCCCCGCUCGAGUUCUUCAUCCCGUGCGCAUACCGGCCGUAUGUCCAUGAGCCAGGCCUUUGGAGAUCUCGAAGAUCUCCACCGGUUCCCCUUGGAAUCGUUACACUCCUUUUCUUUUGCACAGCAAUCUGAAGAGCUUCUGCACAGCCGACAAAACAUCCUUAAGAGGUCGAUUGAUUUCAUGCGCGACCGCAUGGGAUGGGCCGCCAACAACCCAGGACUCGCCAACGCCCAGGCAAACGCCAGCGGGGAUUCGGACUUGCAGAGUAUGAUGGAUCUUUUGACCCGGGCCAAUGUUUUGGAGGAAGAGCGAGCCAAUGCGCGAGCUGCCCUUACCGGACCUGCGGAUGUCAAUGGCGACAACAUUUUCGAGAAAGCCUUUUCAGACCAUGGCUCUCCCCCGACAACUAGAGAUGCGAUCCAGGAUAUGCCACUUCCCCCCCGGGUCACAGGCCACAUCUAUGAAUUCGCAAAUUCUCAGCCCCAUCCCAAGCGACCGCAUCCCACAAUCCAGGAAGGACUUGAUAUCGGCUCCGACAUCCCGGCGCCGCAACCAUACUCGUCCGCGGAUCCUUUCGCUUCUCUUGGUUCAUCAACCGCUGGAUUGGGAUUCCCCAUGCCGGCCUUGCAUACCCAUAGCAGCAAAUGGACCCCCGUUUCUCAGGCCGUUUUCCGGACGGAAGCCCAGGCGCCAUGGACUAUCAUUGCAGCUAAUGAUCUCUCAUGCCUUGUAUUUGGAGUUACACAGUCCGAGGUCCGUCGACUGAGUAUCCUAGAGGUUGUACAGACAGAGCACAGGCAGUGGCUCGAAGCCAAGCUUAAAGAUCCCAGUACUGAUGCUGCAGCCCGCACGCCGCUCCAACCGGAAAGACCCAACAUCCGAGCAGUCAACCCGAAGUACCGGGGUCUGGGGAACGGAGUGACGGCGCAAUUACUUAGUAAACCCUCCUCGCGCGAAAAAUCUCGGAGAGCACAGACCGACGAUGGAUAUGGCUCAAGCAAGAGAAAUCCUCGCAAUCCCAACCACCCAGCGAAUAAAUCACGCGGUGUUUUGCUAUGUGGCGACGUUGUUCCAAUCCAGAAGCGCAACGGCACUAAGGGCUCCGCUAGCGUUUGGGUCAUGGAGAAGCGUGGUGGCCUGAUCUGGGUGCUUGAGGAGAUCACAGAGAACAUUGCAUCUGUCCGCUGUGAUGAUUCUUGGAAUGUUGUUGAAGCCAAAGGAGACGUUGAAAAGAUCUGGGGCUCGCAUGUAGUCCGAUCGGGCCAGCCGAUAGCCGAACUUCUUCCUCGCCUGCCAUCGGAGUCCCUCAAGACUUCACCCGAGAAGGGGCUUGCCAAAAUCGCGGAGUUGAAGCACUUCGCCGCGCUCACAUCGGCCGGCGUCUGUAUUCCCGUGACAGUGGCCAGAGCAGAAGAGAGCUGUACUUUGCAAGUAUCGAGUUUCCCGCAUGUCGCAGGAAUGAUGGUCUUAUCCUCCUCCACAUUGAAUGUGAUCAGCUCAAACUCGGUAUUUUCGUCGGCUCUUUUCGGUCAGGAACGCCCUGAGGGACACCACAUCACAGAGUUGGUGCCGGGAUUCGACGAGAUCUUGGAUGUUUUAACCGAAGAAGACAAUGUUCCAUUGGUCGACGGCAUCGUGAUCCCUGAACAUAGCUUCCGUCGGGCGCGAACCCUGUCCAUUUUGCGCGACGGAAAGGCAAACGCCGCAUCUGUCUUCACAGAGCCCAGUGGCUUGCUGGCAAAGCACCGGGACGGCUCUACGAUUGUGGUUGACAUUCAAUUGCGAGUGGUCAAUAGCGGUACUUUCUUCUCCAAGGAACAAGUAGAGAGGAUUGAAGAGCGCUCAAGCGACUCGGAAGAUAGCGAUGAUACGGUGGCAGUCACAGAACUGGUAUAUGCCCUGUGGAUCACAUAUUCGCGACAAUUACAUGCCGCGGGCGCCGCAACCAACCUCUCAUCAUCUUCGCUGCCGAGUUCAAAGCCAACGUCUCCAACGAACAAACCUUCCACGGAUGAUUCGACAAAUGCUUCCACCGAGAAGACAAACUCCGCCACUGCAAAUACCGCCGUGGAGGUUCAGGCCCCGAGUUCAACUCUCAGUCAACAGCUCAGCGAAGCAGCGUCACAGCCUCUCACGGAUCGCCCAGUUCAACCAAUACCCGAAGUCAACCCAAAUGCCAAGAAGGAAACUCCGCAGAAACGUACCAUCGAUGACUAUGUGAUCCUUGAGGAAAUGGGUCAGGGUGCCUAUGGACAGGUGAAAUCAGCCCGUCUGAAAAAGCAACCCAACAAGAAGAUGGUAUUGAAAUAUGUCACGAAAAAGCGGAUCUUGGUGGACACUUGGACAAGGGAUCGCCGACUCGGAACCGUGCCUCUUGAGAUCCACGUUCUGGACUUUCUUCGUCGGGAUGGCUAUAAGCAUCCAAACAUUGUCGAGAUGGACGGCUUCUUUGAGGAUGAUGUCAACUAUUAUAUUGAAAUGGUUCCCCAUGGACUUCCGGGGAUGGACCUUUUUGACUAUAUCGAACUCAAGGCCAACAUGGACGAAUCGGAGUGUCGGAACAUAUUCAAGCAGGUGGUAGACGCCAUCCACCAUUUACAUACCAAGGCAUUGGUCGUCCAUCGCGACAUUAAGGAUGAGAAUGUUGUUCUUGAUGGCGAGGGGCGGAUCAAGUUGAUCGAUUUCGGCAGCGCGGCUUAUAUUAAGAAUGGUCCCUUUGACGUCUUUGUGGGCACGAUCGACUAUGCAGCCCCGGAGGUUUUGCAGGGAAAGUCAUACCGAGGCAAGGAACAAGACAUCUGGGCCCUGGGUAUCCUGCUGUACACGAUUGUGUAUAAGGAGAACCCAUUCUAUAAUGUUGACGAAAUCCUUGACCACCCACUUCGCAUCCCCUUCCUCCCAUUUUCGGAAGAGUGCAUCGAUUUGAUCCGCAAGAUGCUCGACCGCGAUGUCGACAACCGACUGACCAUCACGGAAAUUGUCGAUCACCCUUGGAUGGCCGCGACCUGA